GGAGCUGCACCAAUGUUUCAUGGUUUUAUGAAUCAUAUGGAUUCUGCAGCAUGAUAUCGUGUACCACUGGCUUUUCCUCAUAUAAUGAACCGACUCAAUACAAGGUGUCAAUCUGUCAGACCAUUCUCUUAUGAGCAUAUUUGGCCUAUCAGAGAGGAUGUUGUUGACAGAUCGCCAUGACCACUGGAUUCGCCAAAAUACUUGCAAUUAGUGGCGCCUCUAUCACUACAAAAUGAAGAUGAAGAGGUCUAUAGAUAAACAAAUACUACUUCGCUUGAUCUAAAGGCAUAGGCCAACCUAGCUGCCUGUGUAUAUGCUAAAUCCCCUUACCACAGCAAUAAAUUGUUGCGUAGCCAGGUAACAUCAGUAUCAUAAACAGUGCUUUCUUACAUCUAGGGUUCCUUCCAACCCUCCGCAUACUUAUAAACAUCAAUUUCGCUACCUAUAACAUGGAAACAAGUACUUCUCUGUUUCACAUUGAGGCUAUAUCAAGGCAUGGCUGAACUAAAUGAAAACGAGGAGCAAAUCGCGGAGUUCAAGGAGGCCUUCUCUCUCUUCGACCACAAUGGCGACGGGCGAAUCUCCACGACUGAUCUUGGUAUCGUGAUGGGGGCCCUGGGCCUCAACCCGACAGACGCUGAACUACAGGAGAUUAUCAGCGAGGUGGAUGUUAGUGGGAGUGGUUUCAUCGAACUGUCGGACUUCUUGUCCAUGAUGUCACGUAACCUUCUCGAGGACGAAUCGGUUGAGGAACUGACCAAUGCCUUCCGAGUGCUGGACAAGGACGGCAAUGGUUACAUCAGCGCGGCCGAGCUCAGGCACGUGUUGUCCGGUCUUCAGGAGAAGAUUACAGACGAUGAGGUCAACAAGAUUAUCCGGGAAGCUGAUCUUGAUGGGGACGGACAGAUAGAUUACGCAGAGUUUAUCAACUCCUUCAAGGAGAUGGUCGAGUAGGUUAUUGAUGCCGACAGGAGAGAUGAUCGAAUGAAGAAAACAAGUCAGUGACGUGGAUCCACUUUGUACUCAGCUGGUGGGAGACAUCAUCAGUCUACUUCGGUUCGUGACAUCUAAUGCUUGUUCGAAUGCAUAGCGCAUUCGUUACAAAGAUAGACUGUGAGUGAACACGUUUCGUGUUCGGGCCGAAUAGGGAAUGUUAUAAUCCGGCCUGAGUGCGGACAAGGAAAUAACACUUUGUAAUGAGUAAUCAAAGUGCAUUUCUCUGGAACAACCUGUGAUGUUGGUUUGAUAUACUGCAUGUAAUGGAGGACACCAUGCCAGGCUAGGCAUUACAGACAAAUACAAAACAAACAUUGUUUUAAAGAUAC